AUGGCAACUAUGGCAUCUGCUGUUCGCGAUAUCGCGAUGACCUCCGGCCGAGACAACUUAACUGCUGUAGCGGCCCGGAGCGUCCCUGUGACGACCAAUCCGACCGACCUCCCGACCCCCCCGAACUCCAUAUCGCCCUCGCUGCCUCCGCACGGGCUUAAGGCCCAGCUGCAGAGGGCGCGGCUCGACUCGGUCGACUCGGACAUUGACCUGCUCGACGGCCGAGGUCAACAUGCCGCUUCGCGCGAGUUGUCUCCGCAAGACUCAGCGGGCGCCAUUACCUCGGCCAUGCUGGCCAAGUUCCAUCUUCCCGAAAUCCUUCUGAACCACGGCCCGCUGCCGAUUCGGCAUUUGAUGGGCUACCUCACGACAUCCGUCCCGGGAUUUGCAGGCAUCGCGCCCGCAAAGGCGCGCCGGCUAGUCGUGGGCGCUUUGGAGGGAAAGGGGAGCGGCAAUGAGGGAGGUGGUCCGGAUGGUGAUGUGGAGUUUUUGAAGGUCGGCUGGGGCCGGUGGGACGCGAAGCGACGGGGCCAACCACCCCGGGAGUCGCUCUCGCGUCGCGCAUCGCCCGGUGCCCACCCCAACAGCAUACCCAUCAUCAAGACCUCCGGGUGGGGCGCCGAUCGGUCACGACUCGGAGCACACCUUGGAACCAGCCUGGGCGGCAACUCGGCCGCCUUUUCGCACGACGACCGAUUCAUGGACGUGGACAUGGACAUGAUGGAUCACGAAGCCGACAAGAUGUCCCUAGACGGAUCCGGGUCAGCGUCAUGCUCCGAGGCUCCCGACGACGACGACAUGCCCAGGCAUAACGACGACCCGGAGGACGCGACUGACGACGAAGACUGGGCCGCCGUCGGUGCUGCCGCACUUCGUGCGGCGUCAUACCAAACACAACAACCUUCCCCUUUCAACAAUGUAAAUACCUUCGGCGGAGGCAUUCGCUCCUUCUCAACGGGCAUGGCACGCCCGCCGCAGCUCAGCCCUGGGUCACGCAGUUUCAACUUCCCAACAUCAUCGCUGGGAGCCGUGCAGGCCGCCGACGCACAGGAGCGCGAGGCCGUGGAGGCUCUUCUCAGCCUUGGAUCUAUGUAA